AUGAAACCGCCGAAGUUCCAGGGAGGUAUAGAGCCGAUGAAAGCAGAAGCAUGGAUUCUCGAGAUGGAGAAAAUGUUCGAGGUUUUUCCCAGCACCGACGCUCAGAAAGUGGCACUAGCAGUAUUCACAUUGGAAGACGACGCCCGUAGAUGGUGGAUGAUGAUUCGAGAAGGCAACCCAGACUUGACUUGGGCCAGAUUUUUGGAGCUGUUCUAUGACAAGCACUUUCCACUCAGUGUCCGAGAUCGCAAGACUACAGAGUUCCUGAUGUUGACACAGGGUAGUAAAACAGUGGCAGAGUAUGAUCGUGCGUUCACUGAGUUGGCAAGGUAUGCACCCCGCAUGGUCGACAACGAAUACAUGAAAGCUAGGAAGUUUGAGAGUGGACUUCGAGGGCCGAUACAAGAUCAGGUUAAUUUACUCGACAUGCCGACGUAUGCUGGAGUAUUAGACAAAGGCCUCCUUGCAGAAGCCAACCUGAACAGAAGUCAAAGUUCGGGGAAGAGUCAAAGGAAGAGGCAGACCUACGACAAUCGCGAAGAAGAGGCAGAUCCGAAUGAUGCCGAGGAGAGGACAGAGGACGAUAGUCCCAACAACGCGAAUCAGGAAGGUGGCACCAGGCCGACAUAUGCGAGUUGUGGGAAGCUACAUUUUGGGGUUUGUCUUCGGGCGACUGGAGCAUGUUUCGGAUGCGGAGAGAGAGGUCACUGUAUUAAGGAUUGUCCCAAGAUAAAGGCUAGAGGGGAUAAGUAG